AUGGCCGAAGCUUACACAUCUGGGUACAAGCCUCAUAACGACACGGCGGUAGUCUCAGACGCAGAGAGCGAUGCUGAGUUUGUUCCUGAACUCAAGCUCAGAAGAUCAUCGUCCUUGUUCUCCUUGAGCUCCAACCACGAACCUUUACCUCGUCCAGAGCCUAAGGACUACCAGAACUUUUUACACGAUGACCGUCAUUUUUCGUUGGUCCGGAACCUUCACAUGGCUGAUUUCAUCACGCUUUUGAAUGGUUUCUCCGGGUUCUACUCUAUCAUUUCUUGUUUGCGGUUCGCCCUCACCGGGAAGUCGCAUUAUGUACAAAGAGCACAUUUCUUUAUAUGCUUGGGACUUUUUUUCGACUUCUUUGAUGGCCGUGUUGCUCGUUUGAGAAACAAGGCCUCGUUGAUGGGUCAGGAACUCGACUCUUUGGCAGACUUGAUCUCUUUCAGCGUGUCACCUGCUAUUAUUGCUUUUGCAAUUGGUUUCAGAUCAACUCUCGACACCCUUAUCUUGUCCUUCUGGGUUUUAUGUGGCUUAACCAGAUUGGCUCGUUUCAACAUCUCCACCAAUAACAUCCCCAAGGAUAGCACCGGUAAGUCUCAAUACUUUGAGGGCUUGCCUGUUCCUACCAACUUGAUUUGGGUAGUGGUUAUGGCCACAUUGGUUUACCAGGACAAGAUUUUGGACAAGUUACCAGGAGGCGUCUUCUUCGAAGGCACCUCAUUCGAGCUUCACAAGAUUGCGUUUUUCUUCAUCUUGCAAGGUUGUGGAGAAAUUUCCAAGAGCUUGAAGAUCCCAAAGCCAUAG